GCGCGCUAAACGCGGUGGACGUUACAGUAAUGUCCAGUGAAAACAACUCUAAUUCACUACAUUGUGUAGCAGAUAUGGAUAACGCACUAAAACUCAAAAUAUCUAUUUCCGGUGGAAAGCCUUUACAUGAGAGCUAUGAAAACGCAGAACCUGAUGUUUUGACUGAAGUUACAAGUCGCAACCUUUAUGUCGUACUAAAUGAAAUUCACCAGAAUCUUGUCCGCAGAGAUCCUCGCGGAAUUUUUGCCAAUCCUGUAACUGAUGAUAUCGCCGUUGGCUACUCUAAGGUGAUUUCAAAACCUAUGGAUCUCGGGACAAUAUGCAGUAGGCUUCGGUCUCGGGCAUACUAUCGUUCAGCUGCCGAAUACCUUGCCGAUAUUACAUUAAUGUGUGAUAAUGCAAUGAUCUAUAAUCCUCCAGAUACUGUCUAUUAUCAACGUGCUCGUAAACUCUUGGCAUUUUGCCGCAAACAAAUGACUCUCUCGUCUUUGAAAAAAGCCUGCAAGGAUAUGCCAGGAGGUUUGACUUCAGAAGAAAUUGGUGACUUGAUGGGUGUAGAAACUCAAAUGAAUCAUAUGAAUCGUGUCAAAACCUUUAACAGAUCUUCAAAAUUACACACUUGUAGCGAAAGUGAAUUGAGUACAACAGAGAUUGAUUCAAGAUUCUUCCCUUCACCGAAGCAUCAUAGCGAUUUGAAUCGUAACGUUGUCUCCACUAUCCAGCCGUCUACUAGUCAUUCAGUUAAAAGACGCAGAGGUCGUCCGAAGUCCCAUCUGUCUACUGCUUCAAGAUUGUAUAGUCAUUCGAUUAAAAAACCGAUCAAACCUCAUUUGCAUGUUUCAUCCGAGAAACAUUCGUUUCAUGAUGACGUAAAAAAUAAGAACACUACGAAAAUCUCUGUUUCUGUCUUAAAGUCCGACAAAUCGUCACCUUAUACUAUUCCUUCGAAGGAAAUCCAAUCAGUAGCUCCUGAAGGCAUGAAUAGUACUCCAGUCCCUGUUAAUGCAUCUUGCGUAACUGUUCCACAGAAACGAGGCCGUGGCAGACCGAGAAAAAUAAGAGUUGAUGAUGUGCGAACAGACCUUAAAGAUACUUCAAUUUUGUCGACAAGUUCUACAACAGAUGUAAAGAUACAUUCUGACAGCCGAUCUACUAUGUCACAUGACCAAUCCUAUCCUGAGAAUUCUGUAGCUAUAAAAUCAGACCUACCGAUGGAAAGAGAAUAUGAGCAUCCUUUCGGUGAUUCGAUGAUAAAAACUGAAUCAUGCUGUGAUGUUAAGGAAUUUCAAAACAAUGAACCUUUUGUUUUAUUAAAUAAAGCUCCAUCAACUCCAUCUUCAUCUCCACUGUCUGGAUCUUCGUGUAAAGCUUUUAAUGGCAAGACAUCAUCCAUUUCCAGAAGACAGAAAAAUAACCUUUCGGAUAGUAAAUUAUCUCAAAUUAAAAUUGAUGGUCAUGAGAGAAGCAGGGAUUCUGACAAAGUAAACAGUGGAAAUGAUGAGGAUAGUGUUUACAAUGAUGAUAGUUCUGAUGAAAACUCAGAAAAAUCACAUCAAACAAUGGAUAACAUGUCGAAUGAGAUCCUUUUUCAGGCUAAACAAGCUGCUGCAGAUUCUGCUGCAAAACUAAAGAGAAAGUAUGCAAAUAUUUCAAGUAGCGAAGGUGAUAUUGAAUACAUUGGACCGAAAAUUGUUUGUUUAGAUUGUUCAACUCAAGGAGAAGUUUCUGCCGUCGAAUGCCCAGAAGCGCGCUCUGCCGUAUUUUCUCAAAAUCAUAGUCUUCCAAAUCAGAAUAGUGACUCUAUCAAAACAGAAGAAAAUGUAAAGCCGAGACCAACUCAGAAUAUAUCAUAUCCUCCAUUUUUAGUCGAUUUGUUAACCAAAUCCAAACCAAUGAACAGUUUUAAACUGGAUGACUAUUCAACAAGUAAACAAAAGGAAAUAUUGGACGAUCUACACAAACUGAAAUAUAACUUGGAUGAGCCAAUCGCUGCUGCCAUUCACGGUCCACUCACUAUAUUCUCACCACUACAAUUGGCACAACUUAGUGAAGUAUAUGGGGGUGAUCCAAGUGUAAUUGAAUAUGCAAUUUCUCUUCUUAAAUUUGUGCAACCACUUGGUCGAUGGGCUCGUCGUUGGGUUACCAAACGUUUAGACGCAGCAACAGAUGGUUUACAUUCUCAGGCAGUCUAUGCUCUUCAACCUCAGUGUACGAAUAACACAAAGCCAACAGCCGAUAACAGUAAGCCUGAAGUAAUUCAGAGUUGGCUUGAUGUUGUGGAUAUAACGAUUGACCCUCCUACUCCAAUAUCUGAUGAAAUUAAUGAAGAGAACAUUGAACCCUGUCUAAUUGAUCUGCUCAACGAUUAUGAUACUGUUAUCUCAUGCAGUGGCUCAACACCACCUCAUAAUGAACAUGUUUCCCCUAUUUUUGAUGUAGAAGAACUACCCAGUAAAAAUAAAAACACAAACUCAGUGGACACUUCAUAUUUUCCAGUUCCUAUAGAUGUACCAAUGUCGACAGACUCAUGUACCUUAUCUCUCUGUAAUACUGCCGUAUCCAACUCUGAACCCACUGUUGAAGCUGUUGCUUCUGCACCAACUAUCUCAAGUAUUCCGCAGCAAAACUCGUCAGCCGAAGUGGUGAAUAGUAAAACUCCCGGUGUUAUGUUUUGUGAUCCAGUAUCAUCCCCUGUCUUGAUUCCUACUUCUGAAGAUCUUAUCUCUCCACAUGCAGAUAUCUCACUCGUCGUUGGCAAACCUUCUGGGGAUGAGAUACUCAUAACUGAAUGUGUUUCAAGCGUGAAAGCCGCAGAUAGCGUUGUUCGCUCUAAUUCUCCUGACCUUGAUGAUCUCACAACAAAUAACGCUGUUCUUACAAAGAGCGAACAGGUCCCAGAAGCUUUGAAGGACAAUUCAACAUCAGUUUUAAAAACUGCUCUUAGUGGUUCAUCAUAUUCAUUAAAUAAUUCACAUGAUCGAAUGGUUGUACAAAACAAGGGGAUUAUAGAAACAUCAGAAGAUAGCACUAAAAGUCCCCCUACAAGAGAUUGUUUAGCUAUCGUGCCAGCAACCGGUGUACAGUAUAGUUUGUUUUUGGAUUCCCACCUGAUUACACAUAAAAAAUUGCCAAUUAGUACUGCUCACGAUCCAGUUAAUCAAAACGAUUCAGUAAGCUGUACGGAAGUGAAUUUGUUGGCUGAUUGUCAAUCUCGAAUCCCAUGUAUGGAAAUAUGUGCGAACACUUAUGUAGAUAUGGAUGCUAGUUCUUCUUCACCUGUAGAUACCGAUAACGAAAAUAGUUUCUCCAUCGUCAAACCUAGUCCCACUUAAUAAUUCUUCCCAGAUUGGUCAUAAUUCACCUAACCUCAACAGUGAUACUACAUUCAAUUCUUGACGGUAGUUUUUUCAAGUUAGGCGUAUAUAUAUAUAUAUAUAUAUAUAUAUAUAUAUAUAUAUAUAUAUAUAUAUAUUCUCACUUUUGUAGUCUGGUUACCAAAUAUCAAGUUCUGUCAUAUCUUUUGAAAAUGUAGCUGUUUGUUCUUCAGUUACUGCAAAACUUUGUAGUUUAUCUGCAUAAUUUCCAACACCUGUAUAGUCAUAUUGCUUGUAAAUAUUUCUUCUAUUAUGACUUAUGAAUUGUGUGUAAUAUUUCAAUUAAUUUUUCUCCUGGACUUCCCAUAAAAUUUUUCAUACAAAAUAUCAGUAAUCG